GCUCUCCAUUGUAUCUUCUUCACCCUUGCCCUGCGCCCCCCUGCGCCCACCGCGCGCCCCCUCAGGCUCCAUCCUCCUCCCCCCUCCGCCCGAGCCCCUGUCCUUCCUCCUCCCCUCUCCACACCCCUCCCCCGGCCUCCACCCACCCCACUCUCCCUCCCGAGCCGCUGCGAGUGCAGCCUCUCCACUCCCGCGCGGGACGCCCUCCCCGUCGCCUCUGCUCUCCCAGCCAUGUCCUGGGCAGCGCUCCUCGGCCUCCUGGCCGCUCUGCUGCUAUUGCUGCUGCUACUGAGCCGCCGGCGCGCACGGCGACCUGGUGAGCCUCCGCUGGACCUGGGCAGCAUUCCUUGGCUGGGCCACGCUCUGGAGUUUGGAAGAGAUGCUGCCAGCUUCCUCACUAGGAUGAAGGAGAAGCACGGUGACAUCUUUACUGUGUUGGUGGGGGGCAGGUAUGUCACUGUCCUCCUGGACCCACACUCCUACGACACGGUGAUGUGGGAGCCGCGCACCAAGCUGGAUUUCCAGGCCUAUGCUGUCAUCCUCAUGGAGAGAAUUUUCAAGGUGCAGCUCCCCGAUUAUGACCCCAGUGAUGAGAAGGCCAAGAUGAAGUUGACCCUGCAGCACAGAGACCUGCAGGCACUCACAGAUGCCAUGUACACCAACCUCUGCACCGUCCUGCUGGGCGAGCCUGCGGAGGCAGCCGGGGACUGGCGGAAGGCGGGCCUGCUCGAGUUCUCUUACAGUGCCCUGCUCAGAGCCGGCUUCCUGACCCUGUAUGGUGUGGAGGCAUCACCAGGCACCCCCGAGAGCCAGGCCGAGGACCGCAGCCACUCAGCUGACGUCUUCCACACCUUCCGGCAGCUUGACCUGCUGCUCCCCAAGCUGGCUAGAGGCUCCGUGUCGGCAGGGGACAAGGACCAUGUGUGCGCCGUCAGAGGCCGCUUGUGGAAGCUGCUGUCCCCGGCCAGGCUGGCCUCCAGGGCGCUGCGGAGCAGCUGGCUGGAGAGUUACCUGCUGCACCUGGAGGAGAUGGGGGUGUCCCCGGAGAUGCAGGCUCGGGUGCUGGUGCAGCAGCUCUGGGCCACACAGGGAAACAUGGGCCCUGCAGCCUUCUGGCUCCUGCUCUACCUCCUGAAGAAUCCAGAGGCUCUGGCUGCCGUCCGAGGGGAGCUCGAGCACAUCCCGCCACACGCAGAGCAGCCGGCCUCGCAGAUGCACACCCUUCCCCAGAAGGCCUUAGACAACACGCCUGUGCUUGACAGUGUCCUCAGCGAGUGUCUCAGGCUCACGGCAGCCCCCUUCAUCACCCGCGAGGUUGUGGCAGACAUGGCCCUGCCUCUGGCAGACGGGCGGGAGUUCUCUCUGCGACGAGGCGAUCGACUCCUCCUCUUCCCCUUCUUGAGUCCCCAGAGGGAUCCGGAAAUCUACACAGACCCGGAGGUGUUUAAAUACAACCGAUUCCUGAGCCCAGAUGGAUCAGAGAAGAAAGACUUUUACAAGGGUGGGAAACGGUUGAAGAAUUACACCAUGCCGUGGGGCGCGGGGCACAAUCAGUGCCUGGGGAAGGCUUAUGCCAUCUACAGCAUUAAACAAUUUGUGUUCCUUGUGCUGACACAUUUUGACCUGGAGCUGGUCAGUGUGGAUGAGGAGAUCCCCAACUUUGACCUCAGCAGGUACGGCUUCGGUCUGAUGCAGCCCGAGCGUGAUGUGCCCGUCCAGUACCGCGUCCGGCUGUGACCUCUCGGAGCCUCCAGCCAGCCUGCUCCAGCUUCCUGACCCUUCUGUGCCAGCAUUGCUGUGUCCCUGCUGUCCUCCUAGAUGUGCCUAGGGGUGAGAACAAAGUGGAAGUCACAAAAGACAUCAUAAUCAAGAAAAGACAUGGAAAGUUCUGUGGCUUAUCACUGCCCAGUUUGAAUUCCAAACCAGGCUCUUUUCUUUCUUCAUGAGACAGGAUCUCACUAUGUAGUGUAGACUGGCCUUGAACUCAUUUUGUAGUCUAGGCUAGCAUCAGACUCACCGAGAUCCUCCUGCCUCAGCCUCCCAAGGGCUGAGAUUACAGCGAUGUACCACUGUGCCUAUAAAUCAGGCUUUUUCUGAUGC